AUGUGCCUGUUAAUAAGAUUAGUAAUUAAAAAGCUUGAUAGGAAUUGGCAAGCAUAGCUCCUCCGCCUUUCCCUCCCCUCCAAGCCGGGCUGGCGUGGAGUCUGAGGCAGGGCUGGCAGAGUACCUGAAGGAGUGAAGGCAGGAAGGUUCUGCUGAAACCUCUGCCUGCAAGUAGGCAAUGGAGAAAUCCCGGCCACUAUGGGACAAUCCCGUGCAGUUUGUUUUCGCCUGCAUUUCCUAUGCUGUGGGGCUGGGAAAUGUGUGGAGGUUUCCGUACUUAUGUCAGAUGUACGGAGGAGGUGGUUUUUUGAUCCCAUAUUUUAUCAUGCUGAUUGCUGAGGGGAUGCCACUGCUCUACCUGGAGCUGGCCGUGGGGCAGCGCAUGCGUCAGGGUAGCAUCGGUGCCUGGAAAAUAAUAAGCCCCUACCUCUGUGGUGUCGGCAUUGCCAGCGUCGUCGUCUCCUUCUUCCUCUCCAUGUACUACAACGUGAUAAACGCCUGGGCCUUCUGGUACCUCUUCCACUCCUUCCAGGACCCUCUGCCUUGGGCCACCUGCCCCCUGAACAGCAACCACACCGGCUAUGAGGAGGAGUGUGAGAAGACAUCGUCCACCCAGUACUUCUGGUACCGGCAGACGCUGAACAUCUCUCCGUCGCUGGAGGCCAGCGGGAGCAUGCAGUGGGAGCAGGUGCUCUGCCUGACGCUGGCCUGGCUGGUGGUCUACCUCUGCAUCCUCCGUGGCACCGAGUCCACUGGCAAGGUCGUCUAUGUAACAGCCUCUUUGCCAUACUGCGUUCUCAUCAUCUACCUCAUCAGAGGAUUAACGCUUCAUGGAGCUGUGAACGGGCUUGUCUACAUGUUCACACCAAAGCUGGAGCAGCUGUCAAACCCCAAGACAUGGAUCAGCGCUGCCACACAGAUCUUCUUCUCGCUGGGCCUGGGCUUUGGCAGCCUCAUCGCCUUUGCCAGCUACAACGAGCCCAGCAACAACUGCCAGAGGCACGCCAUCAUCGUCUCGCUCAUCAACAGCGCCACGUCCAUAUUCGCCAGCGUUGUGACUUUCUCCAUCUACGGCUUCAAGGCGACAUUUAACUACGAAAGCUGUGUCAACAACGUGAUCCUGCUGCUGAUGAACACGUUUGACCUGGAGGAAGGCUCUUUAACAGCAGACAACCUCAAUGAGAUGAAAGACUACCUCACGGCCACCCACCCACAGGAAUAUGCCCAAUUAGUGCCGCAGCUGAAAAACUGCAGCUUGGAAGCUGAACUAGACACGGCCGUCCAGGGGACAGGACUGGCAUUUAUAGUCUAUUCUGAAGCCAUCAAAAACAUGGAGGUACCCCAGCUGUACUCUGUGCUCUACUUCUUCAUGCUGCUGAUGCUGGGCAUCGGCAGCAUGCUGGGAAACACUGCUGCCAUCCUCACGCCACUGACAGACAGCAGGGUCAUUGCUGCCCGUUUCCCCAAGGAGGUGAUCUCAGGUGUUGUGUGUCUCAUUAACUGUGUGAUUGGCCUGAUCUUCACCAUGGAAGCUGGAAAUUACUGGUUUGACAUCUUCAAUGACUACGCAGCCACGCUCUCGCUGCUGCUCAUCGUGCUGGUAGAAACCAUUGCUGUGUGUUAUAUCUACGGGCUAAGAAGAUUUGAGAAAGACCUUCACACCAUGAUCGGACGCAAGCCAAACUGGUAUUGGAAAAUUAUGUGGGCUUUUGUUAGCCCUUUGCUGAUUGUAAGCUUAUUUAUAUUUUACCUCACCGACUAUAUCCUCACAGGAACACUGCAAUACCAAGCAUGGGAUGCCACACAGGGGCAGCUGGUGACAAAGGACUACCCAGGCUACGCCCUGGCAGUGAUCGGGCUGCUGGUGGCGGCAUCCACCAUGUGCAUACCCCUGGGGGCACUAGUAACUUUUAUAAGGAAGAGGCUGAAGAGGGAAACCGUUUCAACUGUUGCGUGA